GAUAAAUAUUUUCUUAUUCAAGCAAAAUGUUAUAGUAAAUAUAUAGAUUCUUUAUAUGAUAAAUAUAAAGAAUUUAUAAAAAAUUUAAAAGAACAACCCAAAGAAUAUAUUAGAAUUUUUCUUGUUGGAACGUAUUCAAAAUAUUCAGUUUUGAAAACAAAAGAAAAGAGUAUUGCUGAAAUAUUAAAAGAAGAGACAAAAGAUAUAAUGAAUAAUUCUGGGCAUAAAAUUAUCAUAUGUGAUGAUCAUGAAUUAAUAAAUAUUAUAAAGAGUGGUAGUAAUCUAGAAGAUGAAAAUAAAGAAAUUACUUUUUCUAGAUUACGAAUUUUUAAAUUAUCUGAAGAGAAGGAACAUGAGUUUUUAUUAAAAUUACAUGGUGUAAUUGAAAGAAAAGGUGAAUAUAGAAAAUUAUUAGCAUAUCUUCCUUCUAAUACUAAAUUUGUAAGAACCAGACAUCAAUAUGAGAUAAGUGAAGAGAUUAAAAAGAUUGGAUAUGCAGGAUUUGAUUUUGUUGAUACAAAGAGAAGAUAUGUUAUUAGAUAUGAGAUAAGGGAUGAAUUAGAAUAUUUAGAGAGAUGUGUUAAUGAUUUUGUUAUUUCUUUAAAUAUUUUUUCAAGUAAUAUUAAGGGUAUAUUUAUAGUUCCAGAAAAGUUUUAUUUUGAUAUUCUUAGACAUAUU